AGAACGAUGACGAGACAGUUUCAACAAGCUUGUUAUCAUCUCUCAAAGGCAGGCUUUCCAACUUCCAAAAAUCAACAAAGUUGAGAGUCCAACGAGAGAGUAUUGCAUGUGUGUCGUCUCCAAUUUUAAAGCAAGUUUUUAUCAUCGCAAUGUCGCUCGCCAAACACUCAAAACAUAAUGGCUGGUUUUCCCGAAAACGAUGGACCUCAUGAGAUAUGGCAAUAGAACAAUUGAACACGAGUGGUGUCUUCGAUGAAAAGUGACGCAGAUUUUUGUUCUAAACGUGAGCAGGCAUUUUAAGAAGUGAAGACGAGUUAUGAAAUCGGUGGCGUUGCACUAAGGCGUCGUGGCGGUGUGGCAGUUUUUUGUUCUACAGACGAUGCUAGGCUUUGUACAUUUUUAGUUAACCUAAUACAUUUAACUAGGUAACCUCACCCAACGUUUCCCUCUCGACCUGCUCCCUUAUUGCCACCAGGUGUAUGGCCAUUGGUUUUCCCCUUGCCCGAAAAUUUGUCUGUGAUGUUGUAGGAAAAAGAAUAGAUGAAAUAGAAACUACGAAGAGGGCCUCCACAAAGGGAUUCAAAUUAGGCAAAACUUGUGAGACUGCAGCUUGAAAUGCGCAAUAUUACCAAUUUUUUCUUUGUGAGCAGACAUGCACGCUUUUCCGUUUUUGGUUUGUAAUUUUUGAAACGCUACUGCAAGACCAGUAAUUUGUAUUUGAUCGACUGAAUCGCACAAGAUGUAGAAGAAGGCACUACUGCAAGAGCAAUUAAAAAGUUUUCUAGCAUAUUAAAAAAACUCAUUUUCAAAUGAUCAAUGAUGCAAGUAGACCCUCAAGAAAGGAGAAUCACUUUUCGAUGCCCUUUCUCCUAAAAGAAGUUGGCCUCACGGGUGGACGACGUAAUAUUAAAUAAGAAUGUUGCGAUUUUUCGCACUAUGCUGUGGUGGCACCGCAGCGGACAGCGACCAGAAACGAGAGGCAGAAGCGACUGCUGCCAGACAGCGUGCCGAAGCAGAAAGAGAUCCACUCGCAUUGAUUAUGGCUUCAAAGCAGAUAUAACUUCGGGAAGAAAAAAAACACAAUCGAGUUUUGUCUCAACCUGGGGAUAGAUCUGUUGCUAUCCUCUUCUAAUCUUAGCUCCGCGGAGGAAGAAUCUGGGGAUGAGGGUGCGAAUGUAGUGACCAACAGCAGAUGUGGAUCAAACAGCCCUAUAGAUGGCCUUGGCGGUGAAGUACGAACAUCUCCAAAGGUUAUGGAGCCUGUUUGCAAUUCCAAUUUCGAUGGUAGGUAGUAGCUCUGUUUGUUUGGAUGAGAAUGAAAUGCUUUUGCACUUAGCAUUUAUUUCUUUGUGUGCUCUGUAAUGAAUCUUCCAGUAUUGGGAUUUAUUGUGUAGAGUAGGUGGAUGAUGAUCUCUGUUAGUAGUGAAAUGGUUAGUAUUACUAGAUUUCACCCCAGAGGAGCUCUACCUCUACAUUCACUCUACUCAGUCGUCUCAUACAGUCUCGUCUUUUUCGACAAUUAUGUCUCUAAUGAUUCCUCAUCGCGUGGUUCCAGAGGUUGCGGCCGGUCGUCGACGAUAAGCUUUAGUGCCGAAGUCCAUUCCAAGGAAUACCAUGUUUUAGAGGAUACAGAUGAGGAAGAUUCGACUGGGACACGCGAAGAGACGAAUGUUAUGAGGAGGGCACAGUGCUAUAAAUGCGAUUUGUUGAUGUAGCAAUAAUCUUCUUUCAAAGUAGAUUGAAUUGAAAUGCAGAUUGAAUGAAUUUGUAGUAGUUGAAUAGGUACUAGUUCUUGUAGUCUGUAGUACUUGUCGUGUGCAGGAUCCCACGACCACGCGCACCUCUCUUCCACGACCACAGUUCUAUACGUAUCUAUUCUUGAAUCCAUAUUACUACAUUUCUAAAGCAAAUGACGAGCAGCUGGAGGAGGAUGAAGACAAUAGUUCGAAUUCCAGGCCAGCAGCAUCAGUUGUAGAAGACGGCAAUGCCAAAGAAGAAGAUGAAGGGGUGGAGUCUCCCACAGAUGUCAUGAAAACGAGGAGGGUGCUACCCUUAAAAACGCCAGCAGGUGGAAAGAAGUUAAGCACUUUUUAUUUUAGUUCGAAACAAAUUGAAUUUUGACAAGAACGUAUUAGAAGUAGCUGUUUCGAAAAAUAUUUAUAGAAGGUUUAUUUUUUCAGUAAAAGGUCACAAAUUUAUUUCUGAGACCACAAGGCAGUACUAGAAAUUGAGUAGAGGAAGAAAGUAUCAGGAGAACCCAGCUUCUUGGUCGAGCAUUUCUAAUCAAAAGGAUGCUAGUCCCAGAAAGUGACUCCGACGAUGAGGCGAGCACCGACGAAGAUUCGGCAUUGCCAGUGUAUGCAAGGGGUGCUAACUUCGCAAUCCACGACGCCUCUGGCCCAAAGAAACGGAAUAGUGGAGCUGCUCAGAAAGUCAUCAAAGUAUAAUUUCACCUAGAUCUUCUUUAUUCUCGUACAUGUACUUGUUGUUCUUUUCCAAGAACUACAGUACCCGUGUUCGUCAGAUUCCUCAUGGACAGCUUGAUUUUAGCACAACCGCUGAAUUCCUUCUAAAGCAGCACACCGCUUCUCCUCCUCAUUUUUGUCAUCACAGCAUGCAUGAACCAUGCAUCUUGCUCAAUUUUACAACAACUUGAACCUACUCUGUCCUGUUUUACGUUCUAUUUCACUCUCUAUAAUGAAUCACAAGGACCCCUCGCCAGACUCGGAUAGUACCGUGGCUCCAAGUACUUCGGAAGAGACGAGCUUACCUGGGGUUACUGUGCAGAUGACGACGGUAACUACAACAGUGCAGACAACGGUUAGUACAUCUUCUGUCUCGGUAUCUGCGAAUGGAAGUACUGGGUACGGAAAAAUGCCUAACACGACAACUUAAGGAUAACCCAUCUCUUACGCCACGUUUUAGCCAGUUCCUACGUGAAAUGAGCUAAGAGGUGGUCCAAAAGAUGGGUUGUUGGUCCCUCUAAACAAGAGAGGUGCGGAGUUCAGCUGCGUGUGCGAAUUUUGUCGAGGAGGCAUCUCUGUCAAAUCCAUGCUCGCCUUUUGCUCAAGUACCCUCUGCAACAUCCUCAUCAUAUAGUAGAAAACCCCUCAACGAAGAAGAUCGUGGACCAGGAUUAACUAGUCAAUCCAUCUACGAGGACGAAGAAGAAGUGAGUUCCUACGACAAUACCACCAGCUUGGAUCACAUGGAUGGCUCUACUGAAGAGUCUUCGGCGUCAGCGUCCUUUGAUAAAGGCAAAGCAUGCGGCUCGCGAAAACGGUCAUCUUAAGGCACAGCGAGAAAGGGGCAAAUACAUAAAACAACGAGGAAGCUAAUCCUCCACCUCCGUACUAAUAGAAGUAAAAAGAUACUAAAAUCUAUUAACGUACAAGGAACAGUACGUUAAUAGAUUUUAGUAUCUUUUUACUUCUAGUAGUACGGAGGUGGAGGCAUCUUUUACCUAUCCUUACCUUUUCUUUCUUCCUAGUUAGCUUGGCUCCACCCGUUCUAUUAGUACGGAGGUGGACGAUUAGCAUCCUCCCGAUUUCCACUGAUUCAAAAAAUUCUAAUCCAAGAUGUCCUCCUCUCGCAAAAGCCGAAGUGUCAUUGGUCUCACAGCAGAGGAGAUUUUGGCGAAAGCAGCUUCUGCGGAACCACAGAAAGGCAUUUUGAAACGAUUUUCCAAGUACAACGAUACUUAUGGCGAUACUUAUUACUUUACAGGUUCACUCUUUAUACCCAAAAUAAACAAAGCACUAAUGGUUGUUCCCCUUUCAUCGAUUUGUUGGCCCGUCAUGACUUCACUUCAUCUGUCUCUUGUUAGAAAACCUUAGCUUACUGAAGAGCAAUUUUGACUAUACUAAAACAGUGUGGUUUUUGUUGUUGUUGUCUAAACAGGUUUUUCUGCCUUUUCUUGUGUCGCCCUUUCUAAGAUCCGAACUUCACGCCGAAUGAACUUGCCGCCUACUACGGAAUCACGCCGAACCUUGACUAUGUUUGAAGCGGAGAGAGAGCUUAAGAGAGAAACUUGCUGAACGCUUGAACCCCGAGGAAAGCUGCAAGCUGUCUGCUACUGAUAUUUGGGACCACCACAACACCAACAUGACGACGAUUACGCUUGGGAAAAUCAGUACGAGAAAAGGCAGGACUGAAUCAAAGGCAGCUGGUCUUCUCGAUCACGGAUACGACGCUUUCGUCUGGGUUCCGAUGAUCCAUUCUUAUCAAUUCCUCUGAAACUUGAGAAGAUCUUCGUGAAACGAGCGGCUUCUCGUCGAGGACGCCCAAAAGAGGACUUUAACUUUCCACCUCAAUAAGUAUUAGUUUGAGUGCGCUACAUGUAGUGCGGAAGACUUAGUACAGUAACAAUGUCUAUCAUGAGUCCCUUUACCCCCACAACCAUGUGAUGACAAGAACUUCGGAGUAGUGUUUUUUUACCCUUGUCGUGUACGCUAGCUCACGCUACGUUACCGUUCGCAGUAUAAUGUUUUUUAGCUUUCCCUCGACCACAGCACAACCUCACCAGAUCAUUCUUCGCACUAGUACUUAGUUUGAGACGGCGCGUUCUUCUCUAUAAAUAUAAUGGGAGAAGUUACCCCGACUACUUCGGAAAUUUGAAAUUUUUUUAUGCUAUUAGUUGUAAAUUAGAGAUGUUGAAGGUUCUCCAAAUCUCUCAUCAAAAUUUUCGUCGUAGUCGUUUGUUAUCUGCUUUAUCUGUAGUACACGACCUAACCUAACGACCCGCCAAGUCAAUCACCACUAAUACACAUCAAAUAUUUGUAAUAAUCAAGUAGGCAUUCAAGACUCCCAUUAUAGCAUUCAAAAAGAACAGUUCCAGUCACAGUGUAAAUGUUGUUCUUACGUCUCCUUAUUCAUACUCAGAAAUCGUAUCUUACAUUCUUCAUAAUGAUGGAGUAUAGAAUCGCAGCACCAGUUGGCAGUAAUGUCUUCUAGUAGGAGGGAGCCAUCUUUCGCAUUCGGAAUCAGAAGAAGUCCAGGGAAAGGCCACUUGAAUGAUCGAUUGACUACUUCGUUGCUUGAUCUUAGUGGUGAGGGUGAAAAUGUAAAACAGUCGGUUCUGCUAGAUUGCCAGAUCGUUGUACGCGCAAAGCCGUUCUAGGGCAUAGUGAGUUCUCUCUAUUGGAAACGCGCGCCGCCGUUUCUAGACUAGGGCAAAGUGAGUUCUGCUUAUAGGAGUAACGAUGAUAGAGGCUACAGGCUUUCCCUGCGAAGGGCAAAGCAAUUCCUAUCGUAUCCCUUUUACUUGUUCACGAAGGAAAAAACUGACAGAAGAGGUCAUGCCCUUGAUUCGAGUAGGACUCGGAUUAACCUUGAUUCAUGUCGUGUAUGAAUGUAAAUAUAGAUUUCUUGACUAGUAUCUAAGGUUGAAAACUUUUACUUGACAGAAGUUGUUGAUCUGAAUCUGAAAGAAACCCAUCCCCCUCAGCGACCCAUGUAUUCUGAGACGAUCUUCGUAUGUGUAAAAAAGGCGCGACCCACCCCCACUUCCCUCUGUGUAAGAAACUUGACGACUAACCCCAACCCAAACUCAUGCAUGACGUACCCCUGGAAUGGGUUUUUUACUACUACUACUAUAUUUGAC